AUGGCUCAUCCUGGAGGCGGUGAUGUUUGCAAUGGGAAUCUUUAUAAUCACAAGAAACAGAGUGUCAGCUCGAAAAGUGGAAACUGCACAAAGAAUGGGAUAGUGAAAGACGCCCAGCAAAAUGGAAAUACGCAUUUUCAUCAUAAGCCAAUUGUUGAAUCCUUUGAGGAAGCACCUCUUCAUGUUAUGGUUUUCACUUACAUGGGAUAUGGACUUGGAACCCUCUUUGGCUAUUUCAGAGACUUUUUGAGAAACUGGGGAAUAGAAAAAUGCAAUGCUGCUAUAGAACGAGAAGAACAAAAAAAUUUUGUGCCGCUCUAUCAAAACUUCGAGAAUUUUUAUAAACGGAACCUUUACAUGAGAAUCAGAGACAACUGGAACCGACCCAUUUGCAGUGCUCCAGGGCCUUGUUUCGAUGUGAUGGAGAGAGUGUCAGAUGAUUACAACUGGACAUUUAGAUUUACAGGAAGAACCAUCAAGGAUGUCAUCAACAUGGGCUCAUAUAACUUCCUUGGUCUGGGAGCCACCUAUGACGAGUCUAUGAGGACAGUGAAGGAUGUGUUAGAGACGUAUGGUGCAGGUGUGGGAAGCACCAGACAAGAAAUGGGAACCUUGGAUAAACACAAAGAAGUAGAGGAACUUGUGGCAAAGUUCCUGAAUGUGGAAGCAGCUAUGGUUUUUGGAAUGGGAUUUGCAACGAACUCAAUGAAUAUUCCUGCACUAGUUGGAAAGGGCUGCCUUAUUUUAAGUGAUGAGUUGAACCAUGCAUCUCUUGUGCUUGGGGCCAGACUCUCAGGUGCAACUAUAAGAACCUUCAAACACAACAACAUGCAAAACCUAGAGAAGCUCCUGAGAGAUGCUGUCACCUAUGGCCAGCCUCGAAUCCGCAGAGCUUGGAAAAAGAUUCUCAUCCUGGUGGAGGGCAUCUACAGCAUGGAAGGUUCUAUUGUCCGUCUACCCCAGAUCGUGGCUCUAAAGAAGAAAUACAAGGCUUACCUCUACAUAGAUGAAGCACACAGUAUUGGGGCUGUGGGUCCAACGGGUCGAGGUGUUGUGGAAUUCUUUGGAAUGGACCCUCGCGAUGUUGAUGUGCUCAUGGGCACAUUUACAAAAAGUUUUGCAAGCUGUGGAGGUUACAUAGCUGGAAGAAAGGAACUUGUGGACUAUUUACGAGUCCACUCACAUAGUGCUGUUUAUGCUACAUCCAUGAGCCCCCCAGUGGCAGAACAAAUAAUCAGGUCCAUAAAAUUAAUCAUGGGACUGGAUGGAACCACAAAAGGGUUGCAGAAGGUACGACAACUUGCAAAAAACACAAGAUACUUCAGACAGAGACUGAAUGAGAUGGGAUUCAUUAUCUAUGGCAAUGAGGAAUCUCCUGUUGUUCCUCUACUCCUUUACAUGCCUGCUAAAGUAGCGGCUUUUGCAAGGCAUCUAUUACAUAAAAAAAUUGGGGUGGUGGUCGUUGGAUUUCCAGCCACUCCACUUGCAGAAGCUCGGGCUCGGUUCUGUGUAUCAGCUGCACAUACGCGGGAAAUGCUAGACACGGUUUUGCAAGCCCUUGAUGAAAUGGGUGAACUUCUGCAACUGAAAUACUCCCGGCACAGGAAGUCAGCACGCCCUGAACUCUAUGAUGAGACAAAUGUUGAUCUUGAUGAUUAAGUUUACUGGUUCUGAAUGGAACUUAAAAACUUUGCCAGAAAGACCUCCCUCCAUGCCUCAAAAGGA